GAAGUCAGGGAACAACUUUCUCUGACCAGACCACCUAUGGAAGCCAGAUGACACCCUCCAGUGCUGACGGAACUCUUUGGUGGGGUCAGAUGACAACCUUCACUGGUCACCAGAGUUUCUGUGGCUCGCAUACAGCAAACACCAGUGGUGGCCUGACCUGUUAUUUGGGACAGAUGACAACUCCCAGCGGUGGCCUGACCUGCUGUGCAGGGCAGAUGUCCCUUCUCUGUAGCCAGAUGCCUGAUGAGGACGGAUUCCACUGCAUUCCAAAUUUCCACUCGGCCCAGGGACAACCUCUGGAAGGCUUUUCAAGCUCUCCUUUGGUUCCGAGAAAUCUACCAGAGGUGAAGGAGGAUCUCAGGACUCCGGGCCCUCAGUCGAAGAGAAGCAGUCAGAAGAUGUAUGUGUGCAGUCACAUAAACUGUGGACAGGCGUAUUCAAAGUCCUCUCACCUCCGAGCCCAUGUCCGAAAACACACUGGGGAGAAGCCCUACGUGUGCACCAUGCCUGGAUGCCAGUGGAAAUUCUCACGAUCGGAUGAGCUCAACCGGCACAAGAAGAAGCACACUGGAGCGCGGCCCUACAAAUGCUUGAAGUGCGACAAGAACUUUGCACGGUCGGAUCACCUAAAGCAUCAUGAGAAAAGUCACAAAGAGAGCCGGGCGGUGGUGGCACACGCCUUUAGUCCCAGCACUCGGGACCCAUCCACCACCUCCACCACCGGGGAAGGCUCCCAGCAGGUACACUCCUGGUUAACCUUAGUCACUGUGACAGACAAUGCUUGA